AUGAGUGAGGAGUUGGAAGAGCUGCGCCAGGAAAUCAAGCAACUCCGCGAAACCAACACCAACCUGGAGCAACAGAUUAUCAAGAUCACCGCGGAGCGUGAUUCUGGUCGCCAAAACGCUGCAGACGAGUCGGAUGCUGCUACCAAGUUGCGCAUGGACAACGUGGCCCUCAAGCUCAAGGUGACCAAUUUGCAACAGCAGCUUAACAGCCCACUCUCAUCAACGGCUGGUCUCAAGGUGGCGCAAAGGCUGCAAGGCAAGCUCAGCUCUCUUUUCGAGCAGGCUGUCUCUGCCAGCAAGCAGCUGGCUGACAACAGCUCCCAGCGCCUCAAGGACAUUACUCAAAAGUACCUCAAGGAAGCCAUGCUCCGCAAGGAACUGUACAACAAACUGCAAGAGCUUCGUGGCAAUAUUCGCGUCUUUUGUCGUGUCCGUCGCGAUGACCGAGGCGAAAGCAUCUUGCAGUUUCCCUCUAAAUCCGAGCUCGUCGUGCCCAAGUUGCAAGGCGGCAAGGAAACACUCGAGUUUGACCGGGCUUUUGGUCCCAACGCCUCCCAGGAGGAGGUUUUCGAAGACACCAAGCCCAUCGUCAUGUCCUGUGUGGACGGAUACAAUGUUUGCAUCAUGGCCUAUGGUCAAACCGGCUCUGGCAAGACGUUUACCAUGAUGGGCCCAGACAAUAAUCCCGGUGUCAAUCCGCGUGCUAUCAAGGAACUCUUUGACGCAUUGUGUAUAACGAAAAGAUCUUCGAUCUUAGCACGCCUCAACGUAUCAACACCAGAAGAUCUCUUACAGUUCAUUGAGAUUGGCAAUCAGCAUCGUUCGACAGGAGCCACCAAAAUGAAUACCGAUUCGUCGCGGUCCCACUUGCUGCUGCAGAUCAAGGUGCAAGGCUUCAAUACCAUCACGCGGGCCACGACCUACGGCAAGCUGACUCUAGUCGACUUGGCUGGCUCAGAACGCGUCUCCAAAACGGAGGCAUCUGGCGAUCGACUUGUGGAAGCAGCGGCCAUCAAUAAAAGCCUGACCAAUUUGGGUCAGGUAUUCCGGGCACUCGCCUCGGGCUCGCCCCACAUCCCUUACCGCAACUCCAAGCUGACGCACCUUUUGCAGGAUAGCCUCGGCGGAGAUGCCAAGGUGGCCAUGUUUGUCAAUACCUCGCCACUGGAGAGCAAUCUCAGCGAAACGUCCAUGACCCUUUCCUUUGGCCAGAACAUACGCAAGGUGGAGCUGGGUCCUGCCAAGCGCAACACUGGUCCACCACGUCCCAAGGAUGCUCUGAAACGAAAACCCAAGUAG